GAGCAUUGAAGACUUCAAAUGAAGAUAAUGAUGAUGCUUGUUUCUGACAGCCAUUUUAUAUCAUGUCACAUUCAUUUCACACAAAAUGUCAUCCUUCUGAAUCUCAAGACCAUGGUUCCAAAACAUAUGUCCUCUUGACGUGUUUCCAAAAGUGACUUUUCAGCACAGGAUAUCCAUUGCAUGCAAAUCAAGUGAGGUCAGUGCCAGACCCGCACAGCAUGCAUGAGGUCAUCUAUAAUUCACGCUGUCAACAUAGAUGUCCUGUACGCAUCCCUUUACAGCAGGAUAUCCAAGCACCAUCUUGGAGCCACAGCUGACCACUGGGUGUCAGGCACCACAAGACACCCGCUUGGCGACAUGCGACAGCGGCACAAGUUUCUCACCAGUGCCAGGCUGACGUCUCUGGUGCGGGCUCGCCCCAUAGAUGACCAGUGGCCAUGAGUGUCAGGAGGC